AUGGACCCAACAAAACCUCUCGUCAUCAUUGGCUGCACGCCAGUCUACGGACAUCUCAUGCCUAUCCGGGCUAUGGCGAAGCUCUUGGUUCAACGAGGCUACGAAGUUACCUUCGUCUCUUGCAGUCACUACCAAAAGCUCGUCGAAGAAGUGGGAUGCCACUAUGUUGCCAUCGAGGGAUAUGGAGAUUGGUACGAGGCCGAACUGAACACAAGAUUCGCAGAAAGGAACACUCUUCCACCUGGACCAGUUCAACUCUCUUAUGAUAUUGAACACUGUUUCGUCCGACCCAUUCCCACCCAGCACGAAGCUAUGCAGAAAGCCAUCAAGAUGAACAUGGAAAGACAUCCUGGCAGACCUAUCGUUCAACUCAGCGAAAGUGUCUUCCAAGGCUCACUCCCAGUCAACCUUGGUGCUGGAAUCAAGCCUACAGCGACGAUGGGGAUAGGUGUGAUCCCAAUGUCACUCAGCUCUUGCGACACAGCACCCUUUGGUCCAGGACUCCCACCAGACAGCUCGCUUGAAGGGCGGGCAAAGUAUGCCGCAAUGUCAAAGCAAAUUGCAGAGCUGUUCUUCGGAAAACCAGAACGAGUAUGGAAGGAAAUGUUCGUAGAAGUAGGAGCUACGAUUCCAGAAUUACCCAUGUUCGACGCGCCGUUUUACCUUCAAGAUCGCUUCCUGCAAAUGUGCACACCAUCCGCCGAAUACCCAAGAAGCGAUGCGCCAGACACCAUUCGCUUCACUGGCGGUCUACCAAAAGGUUCUAGGGAUCCAAUGACCGAAUUCCCGAGCUUCUGGAAAGAAAUCACUGCUGGAGACAAGGACAUUGUCUUUAUUUGUCAAGGGACCAUCGCUCUUAACUAUAGCGACCUCAUCAUUCCCGCUAUGGCUGCCCUCAAGGACCGCCCAAACACCAUCGUGGUCGUCGCUCUUGGUAUUAAGGGAGAGAAAUUCCCAGAGGGAACCUUCGUCCCAGAAAACGCACGAGUUGCAGACUACAUUCCCUUCGACGAACUUCUUCCACGCUGCUCCGUCUUCCUCACCAAUGGUGGUUAUGGUGCCUUCCAACAUGCCAUCGCCAAUGGUGUCCCAAUCAUCUGCGGUGGCGCUGGCGAGGACAAGCCGGAGGUAUGUGCAAGAGUCGAAUGGUCUGGGAUGGGUAUCAAUCUUAAGACCGGACAGCCAACUCAGGAGCAGAUUUCUGAGGCUGUCGAUCAAAUCAUUAAGAAUCCCAAGUAUCGCAAGAGAGCGAAGGAAAUGGAAGCUGAGAUGGCUUCCUUUGAUCCUAUCAGUGUAGUAGCCGCCAACAUCGAUGAGCUUGCUGCUCUGAAGGCAGGGAAAUGA